AUUAAAAAAUUAAAAAAUUAAAACAUAAAAUGCAGUUUUCCUUUAAUCAUUUAAUCAUUAUUGUCAUCGUCUUGGGUUGAUUAUCUAUACCCUAUACUGUUUUAAAUUUGUAUUUUGUAUUUUACGUUUCUAUUAUAGCUGGCUACAAUGGGUGGUUUGAAAAAUUUGAAGUUGCAGUCCUCAGAAUCCACAGUUAACCAACUACUAUCGUCAUUGUUUCCAGAUGCUGAUAAAGUAAAGAAGGAGAAAAAAAUAAGAAGAAGCAAGAUUGCCAAGCGAAGCAAAGAAAGAGAGAGAUUAUACGAAAGAGCCAAGGAGAAUCGUUCUAAAAAAGAUAUAAUUAAAAAGUUGGUGAAAUCACAACAUGAAGAUGAAAAAGUAAAGGAACUUCAGAAAGAAAUAAUGAGUGCAAUGAACAGUUCGUACAGUAAAAAAAGCAAGAAGUCAAAGAAAAAAAAAUUGUUCAGAAGCAAAAUCAGAAAACCAAGCACCAAAAAUAAGUCUCAUGCCUAUCCUGGGCUAACACCUGGGUUGGCUCCUGUUGAUUUAGAAGAGGAUUCAGAUAUCGAAGAUUAAUCUUGGAUGGUGGAAAUGGCGCCGAUUGUGUUUGUAAGGAUGCUGGAUGUGUACAUAGCCACAUGCAGAGGUUGGAUGUCUUCCGACCAAGAUACGGCCAACAUGGCUACACUAUACAUACACUAUACAUACAUAUUUAUAUACAUGCAUAUUUCAAAAGAGGAAACUCCGGCAUAAAGUAAUUAUAAUAAAUAAGCUGUGUAAAAGCACCCUGGAGGUACUCACCGCACUCCGAAAGACGCCCGCUGAUUGGCCGAACAGCAAUGUGCCCAACUACUGGU